AUGUCUUUUGCUGAUUUGGGUGUAGCUAAAUGGCUCGACGAAGCCCUAGAUGCCAUGAAAAUCCACACGCCCACGCUGAUUCAGCAGGCGUGUAUCCCUGAAAUUUUGGCUGGGAAAGAUUGUAUUGGUGGUGCCAAAACAGGUUCCGGUAAAACCAUCGCAUUUGCUGCUCCUAUGCUUACGAAGUGGUCCGAGGAUCCCAUGGGUAUUUUUGGAGUGGUGUUGACACCAACUAGAGAAUUAGCCAUGCAAAUUGCGGAACAAUUUGCUGCAUUGGGCUCCACGAUGAACAUAAGACUCAGCGUCAUCGUCGGAGGUGAGGACUUCGUGAAACAAGCAAUAGACUUGCAGAAAAGACCCCAUUUUGUAAUUGCAACUCCAGGCAGAUUGGCAGAUCACAUCUUGAAUAGUGGAGAAGAUACCAUUAAGGGCCUUCGCAGUGUGAAAUAUUUGGUUCUAGAUGAAGCAGACCGUGUGCUCAGCAACUCGUUCAGCAAAGAUUUGCUGAGAUGCUUGAACGUUUUGCCAGACCCUUCGAAGAGACAGACACUUUUAUUUACUGCUACCGUCACUGAUGCAGUCAGAUCUCUAAAAGAGAAGCCACAGGCAGAAGGUAAACCCCCAGUUUUCAUGCAUGAGGUAGAGACCGUGGAUAAAGUGGCUAUUCCAUCGACAUUGCUGCUCUACUAUGUUUUUGUUCCAUCUUACGUCAAGGAAGCAUAUCUCCAUAACAUUCUCUCACUCGAGAAGUAUGAGAAGGCCAAUGUGAUCAUUUUCGUCAAUAGAACUAAGACGGCAGAGCUUUUGCGGCGGACUUUGCGUAAGCUCGAUUUCCGAGUAGCUUCACUUCAUUCUGAAAUGCCCCAGCUGGAAAGAACAAGCUCUUUACAAAGAUUCAAAGCACAGGCAGCACGAAUCUUGAUUGCCACGGACGUGGCCUCCAGAGGUUUGGAUAUCCCCACCGUGGAGCUUGUGGUGAACUUUGAUAUUCCAGCAGACGCAGACGACUUCAUCCACAGAGUGGGUAGAACGGCCAGAGCAGGUAGAAAGGGUGACUCUGUAUCGAUUGUAGCCGAAAGAGAUGUUCUGAGAAUCCAGGCCAUCGAACAGAGAGCCAACAAGAAGAUGGAGUUGCUAGAGGAGGUAGAUGACGACAAUGUGAUUGAUCACUCUCUAACGAAGAUGACUACAGCCAAGCGUGAGGCACUCAUGGAUAUGGAUAAGGAGAAUUUUGGAGAAAAACGUCAAAUCAACAAGAGAAAGCGCGAAGAGAGGCAAGAGAAGGCAAAGAAGAUAAACAAGAAGUCUUCCAGGUCUAGCAAGUAG